GAUGAAUUGUGAUUUUUGUCACUCACAAUUGGAAAGAAACUAAGCGAACAUCAUCUGGUGAAAAUUUUCAAUAAAUUUUUAUUAUUUUUUUAAAAAUGGGUCGUGAAAUAAAGCAAAUAUUCGCUAACAAGCCAAAAUUUUGCAAAAGUUCUUCAACUGUUAACAACGAAGAAGACGCUAAGAAGAACAAGGCUAAGAAGGUUAGGGCUGAUCCUGCUUUAGUAGACAAAAAGUCAACUCUUACCGAAGCUAAACUACAUAAAUUGAAGGUUGACAAUGAGGCUGUCGGUAAAGUCACCAAAAUAAAGAACAAGCUUAAAUCCAAAACUGUUGGAGAAAUCCAAAAAGGACUGGAGAAAGCAGAAAAGAAAGAUUUGAUUACAACUGAUUUAAUUGCUGCUGCUUCAGAGGAGAAACCAAUAACUACAAAGCUUAAAGUCAAGAAGGCUAAAAACGAGAUCAAGACUGAAUGUGAAUCUGUUUUGGGUGAUCCAAAGAUCAAAACAGAACCAACUUCAUCCGUGGCAGAUAUUUUGGAAGAGUCACAAAAAACUCAUAAAGUCAAGAAGGACAAAAAUAAGAUCAAGACUGAAUGUGAAUCGAAUGAUUCAAAUUCUUCAUCUGCUGCAAAAGUGGAGGGGCUUCCAAAAAAUAAACCGCUUGAAGACAAACUUACCGAAGCUAAGCUACGUAAAUUGAAGGUUGACAAUGAGGCUGUCGGUAAAGUCAUCAAAAACAAGAACAAGGUUAAAUCCAAAACUGUUGGAGAAAUCCAAAAAGGACUGGAGAAAGCAGAAAAGAAAGAUUUGAUUACAAUUGACUUAAUUGCUGCUGCUUCAGAGGAGAAACCAAUAACUACAAAGCUUAAAGUCAAGAAGGGGAAAAGCAAGGCCAAUGCUGAAUCUGAAUCUAUUUUGGGUGAUUCAAAGAUCAAAGCUGAACCAACUUCAUCCGUGGCAGAUAUUUUGGAAGAGUCACAAAAAACUCAUAAAGUCAAGAAGGACAAAAAUAAGAUCAAGACUGAAUGUGAAUCGAAUGAUUCAAAUUCUUCAUCUGCUGCAAAAGUGGAGGGGCUUCCAAAAAAUAAACCGCUUGAAGACAAACUUACCGAAGCUAAGCUACGUAAAUUGAAGGUUGACAAUGAGGCUGUCGGUAAAGUCACCAAAAUAAAGAACAAGCUUAAAUCCAAAACUGUUGGAGAAAUCCAAAAAGGACUGGAGAAAGCAGAAAAGAAAGAUUUGAUUACAACUGAUUUAAUUGCUGCUGCUUCAGAGGAGAAACCAAUAACUACAAAGCUUAAAGUCAAGAAGGGGAAAAGCAAGGCCAAUGCUGAAUCUGAAUCUAUUUUGGGUGAUUCAAAGAUCAAAGCUGAACCAACUUCAUCCGUGGCAGAUAUUUUGGAAGAGUCACAAAAAACUCAUAAAGUCAAGAAGGACAAAAAUAAGAUCAAGACUGAAUGUGAAUCGAAUGAUUCAAAUUCUUCAUCUGCUGCAAAAGUGGAGGGGCUUCCAAAAAAUAAACCGCUUGAAGACAAACUUACCGAAGCUAAGCUACGUAAAUUGAAGGUUGACAAUGAGGCUGUCGGUAAAGUCAUCAAAAACAAGAACAAGGUUAAAUCCAAAACUGUUGGAGAAAUCCAAAAAGGACUGGAGAAAGCAGAAAAGAAAGAUUUGAUUACAACUGAUUUAAUUGCUGCUGCUUCAGAGGAGAAACCAAUAACUACAAAGCUUAAAGUCAAGAAGGCUAAAAACGAGAUCAAGACUGAAUGUGAAUCUGUUUUGGGUGAUCCAAAGAUCAAAACAGAACCAACUUCAUCCGUGGCAGAUAUUUUGGAAGAGUCACAAAAAACUCAUAAAGUCAAGAAGGACAAAAAUAAGAUCAAGACUGAAUGUGAAUCGAAUGAUUCAAAUUCUUCAUCUGCUGCAAAUGUGGAGGGGCUUCAAAAAAAUAAACCGAUUGAAGACAAACUUACCGAAGCUAAACUACGUAAAUUGAAGGUUGACAAUGAGGCUGUUGGUAAAGUCACCAAAAACAAGAACAAGCUUAAAUCCAAAACUGUUGGAGAAAUCCAAAAAGGACUGGAGAAAGCAGAAAAGAAAGAUUUGAUUACAACUGAUUUAAUUGCUGCUGCUUCAGAGGAGAAACCAAUAACUACAAAGCUUAAAGUCAAGAAGGCUAAAAACGAGAUCAAGACUGAAUGUGAAUCUGUUUUGGGUGAUCCAAAGAUCAAAACAGAACCAACUUCAUCCGUGGCAGAUAUUUUGGAAGAGUCACAAAAAACUCAUAAAGUCAAGAAGGACAAAAAUAAGAUCAAGACUGAAUGUGAAUCGAAUGAUUCAAAUUCUUCAUCUGCUGCAAAUGUGGAGGGGCUUCAAAAAAAUAAACCGAUUGAAGACAAACUUACCGAAGCUAAACUACGUAAAUUGAAGGUUGACAAUGAGGCUGUUGGUAAAGUCACCAAAAACAAGAACAAGCUUAAAUCCAAAACUGUUGGAGAAAUCCAAAAAGGACUGGAGAAAGCAGAAAAGAAAGAUUUGAUUACAACUGAUUUAAUUGCUGCUGCUUCAGAGGAGAAACCAAUAACUACAAAGCUUAAAGUCAAGAAGGCUAAAAACGAGAUCAAGACUGAAUCUGAAUCUGUUUUGGGUGAUCCAAAGAUCAAAGCAGAACCAACUUCAUCCGUAGCAGAUAUUUUGGAAGAGUCACAAAAAACUCAUAAAGUCAAGAAAUCCAAAACCAAACUGAUUGCCGAAUCUUAUUUGGGUGAUCCAAAGAUCGAAACCGAAGCAGCUCCACCAGUAGAAAAUUUCUUUGAGGGGCCGCAGAAAAUUCCAAAGCUUCAAGCCAAGAAGCCAAAAUUUAUGGCUGGAUCUAAAUCGAAUGAUUCAAAUUUCAAAAGCACUCCAACUUCAUCUGCUGCAAAUAUGGCAGGACUUCCUAAAAAUAAACCGCUUGAAGACAAACUUACCGAAGCUAAGCUACGUAAAUUGAAGGUUGACAAUGAGGCUGUCGGUAAAGUCAUCAAAAACAAGAACAAGGUUAAAUCCAAAACUGUUGGAGAAAUCCAAAAAGGACUGGAGAAAGCAGAAAAGAAAGAUUUGAUUACAACUGAUUUAAUUGCUGCUGCUUCAGAGGAGAAACCAAUAACUACAAAGCUUAAAGUCAAGAAGGCUAAAAACGAGAUCAAGACUGAAUGUGAAUCUGUUUUGGGUGAUCCAAAGAUCAAAACAGAACCAACUUCAUCCGUGGCAGAUAUUUUGGAAGAGUCACAAAAAACUCAUAAAGUCAAGAAGGCUAAAAACAAGACCCAGACUAAAUGUGAUUCGAAUGAUUCAAAUUCUUCAUCUGCUGCAAAUGUGGAGGGGCCUCCAAAAAAUAUCAAGUGCAUCUGCUUCAAUGAUGCGAUUUUGUGA